UUUAAAAUGGAGGAAAACAGUGUAAGAAAAAGAAGAAAGGAUGAGCAGUCAAUCCAGAGUAAAGAACCUAAAAGUACAAACCUACAAAAAGAGGUGGGCCUAAUUAGUGGAAUUUGUAUCAUUAUUGGCACCAUAAUUGGCUCAGGAAUCUUCAUUUCACCCAAAUCUGUGCUUAGCAACGUCAAUGCUGUGGGACCUUGUUUGAUCAUAUGGUCGGCCUGUGGGAUUCUUGCUACAUUAGGUGCUCUGUGUUUUGCUGAACUUGGCACAAUGAUCACCAAAUCAGGAGGUGAAUAUCCUUACUUGAUGGAGGCCUUUGGACCUAUUCCUGCCUACCUCUUUUCUUGGACCAGCUUGAUUGUCAUCAAACCCACUUCAUUUGCCAUUAUUUGCCUCAGCUUUGCUGAAUACGUGUCUGUUCCCUUCUAUGGCAAUUGUAAGCCUCCAGAACUCGUUGUCAAGUGUCUCGCAGCCGCUGCCAUCUUGGUUAUCACAACAGUGAAUGCCUUGAGUGUCAAACUGGGGAGCUAUGUACAGAAUUUUUUCACAGCAGCCAAGCUGGUGAUUGUCGCCAUUAUUAUUAUAAGUGGAAUUGUGCUUCUUGCACAAGGAAAAACAAAAAAUUUUGAAAAUUCCUUUGAAGAUUCCCAUGUCUCUGUGGGUGCUAUCAGUCUGGCAUUUUAUAAUGGACUCUGGGCAUAUGAUGGAUGGAAUCAACUCAAUUACAUCACAGAAGAGCUUAAAAACCCCUAUAGAAACUUGCCCCUGGCUAUCAUUAUUGGCAUCCCCUUGGUAACAGUGUGUUAUGUUCUGAUGAAUGUUUCAUACUUCACUGUAAUGACUUCUACAGAACUCUUACAGUCCCAAGCUGUGGCUGUGACUUUUGGUGACCGGGUUCUCUACCCAGCCUCCUGGAUAGUUCCGCUUUUUGUGGCAUUCUCAACAAUUGGAGCUGCUAAUGGCACCUGUUUCACUGCCGGAAGAUUGGUUUAUGUAGCAGGACGGGAAGGUCACAUGUUAAAGAUGCUUUCUUACAUCAGUGUUAAGCGCCUAACUCCAGCCCCUGCCAUCGUCUUUUAUGGCAUCAUUACUAUCCUGUACAUCAUACCUGGAGAUAUAAAUACAUUAAUUAACUACUUCAGUUUUGCUUCCUGGUUCUUUUAUGGUCUAACUAUAUUAGGAUUGAUUGUGAUGAGGUUUACAAAGAAAGAUCAUAAAAGACCUAUCAAGGUGCCUAUUUUUAUUCCUAUCUUGGUGACUUUAAUUUCAAUAUACCUUGUAUUGGCACCAAUUGUCAGUAAACCAGAGUUGCCAUAUCUAUACUGUGUAUUAUUUAUACUCAGUGGACUUCUGUUUUAUUUACUUUUUGUUCACAACAAGUUCAGCUGGGUACAGAAAAUUUCAAAACCUAUCACUAUGCACUUACAGAUGCUCAUGGAAGUUGUCCCACCAGAAGAAGAUCUCGACUAAUACUUGAUUUCUAGUACAUCGAGCCAUGUAAUAGAUGUAUUUUUGUAUGGAGUAUUUGUGAUUAUGUCUUCCUGAUGUACAUGUGUUUUUUGUUUUGUUUUUUUUUCAGGAGAAUUUUUACAAUUAUUUGUAAUAUCUUUUUUUUUUUUUUAAAGACCCACAAUUCUCUCUUGGCCUAGAGUUUAUAGCUAGGAGAAACAAUUGGGUUUGCUAAAAUUAGCAAGCUAAGAAAACUACUCUGUCUUAUUGAAACUUAAGAGAGUGGCAAAUAAAAUACCACAAUUGUAGUGGUAACUUAUUUAACAAAGAAAACACAACAUUUAUUUAACUGUCAAUAAAGUAAGUUCCUUAAACUCUAUGGUCAAAUGCUUUUUGUAUCUUAACUAAAUUUUAUUUUCUUUAGUACCUAACAUUUUUCUCUGCAGGAAAAAUCGGGCGAGACUGAACACAGACCUCUCUUGC